AUGUUUUACCGAGUUGCUCUUCAUUCUAUCCUGCUGCUUAGUGCAGCCAUAACGACCGCUCAGGCAUGGCAGCAGUCUGAUGAUGGCGACGUUUGGGAGCCUCCAUAUCCUCAGCGAUGCCAACCGGACCCCUGCGCCAACAUAACUUUCUCCAACGCAUCCUAUGUCUGCGGUAAUUCAAGCCUAGGUCCGAUCAAACUUCCUAGAUAUUUUCCUCUUUCGACAGAGUUGGCGACGUAUGCCCGAUUUGGCGAUCUUUGCCCGUACGAAUUCCUUGAGAAGUGGACAUACCCCAAUAACGAUUCGUACCACUAUCCUCUUCAGAAUGGAUUCGUGUAUGAAAGUUCUGGAAGAAGAAUUUCGGGCGAUGUCAUCCUCCCAGUUGGCCGAAAGGUUGACCGCUUUGGUGGUGAAGGUGGCAACUUCUUUAGCCCCUUGGGUGCGCCUUACAUUGAAAGGGCGUUGCCCCCCUACAAUUUAGACAACAAUGACGGCGAUUAUCCAUACAACUAUCAUGUUUACGAGGUGAUUAAGGAGCUUCCGGUCACUCUUGGGCCAGUUGCGCCAUGGUUUGAACAACCUGGGAUGGGAACACAAUUCACCCAUCCCCUCAAUAUGUCCGCGCUGGUAGACAUGAAAUAUCUAAGACGUCUGGAAAGGUCCGAGUAUGACAACAAAGCAGACUUUGCGGACAAUUACACGCCCGGGCCAAAUAGCUAA